CCCAUGCCGCGAAGAAUGUUCUAAAUCCGCGAUUUUCGUUCGUCCCGAGAUCUUGGCAGAUCGGUAUCCGAUCCUAAUCGCGGGUAGUGGGCGAUCAUCAUCAUAUUGGAAUUGGCUACAUUGAUUGUUUUGUUGUUGCGAUAUAUCACGCUAGUGUCCACACAUUGAUAGGGUUAGAAUUAGUGACACGUUUAACAAAGUGCGACAUAUAAUGGAUUUGCAUUGAUUGUGACCGAUCAGAUCGGUUUGAUAAAAGUGAACUCUCCGAGAUUGAGAAAGUUUACAAGAUCGCAAGCGAUCGUUGUAACAUUUUGGAGUAAAGAUGAAGGAACGCGAGAUCAGAUAAAGAAGGGUUGUGUCUCACUAACGGGUAAUGUGGAGAAUGCAGGAAGGCAGGACCGUGUCGCCUCUAGGACCGGUCGUCCUACAGCGAGAAGAGUCCGACAUGCGAGCGAGUCUGUCUCUACCGCCGCAGGAGAGAAGACCUGUGUUGCUCGUACGCACCAGUGAGCCGUUCCCGAGGUACGACAGUAUGCGACAGCAACAAUCGCCGCCGAGCUCGCCGAUCCUGCGAUCCGUCACCGUCGAGAAGGAUCAGUAUCACGAUAUAGAUACGCAAAGCAGGGAGAAAAGGCCAAAUGACGAGGAAGAAGAAGAGCAAGAUGAGGAAGAAGAAGACGAGAUCGAAGACGAACGGAAUGCAUCAGCUAGAGAAAAUGUUGUCGUGGAUGAUGAGGACGACGAAGAGCAGGAAGAAGAGGAAGAAGAAGAGAGUCGGUCCGAAAGACACAGAAACGGCAAUUAUCACGAGGACGGUGACGUUGAGGUAGACGUGUGUCGGGAAGACGCCGACGAGAGCAAUCCUAGUAGUCCGGUUGAUCUCACGGCACCUUCGUCGAGAGGCGUCACUUCGGAGCAGUUUGUUCAUCCGUUCACCAAUCGUGGAGUGCAUUCUUUUACCUGUGUGCAAAGUGGUGGCCACGGGCCCGUUGGUCAUGCGACACCAGUGUAUAUAUCCGGACACAGCGCUACCGGCUCGACCGUGAUGACAGUCACGGUGCAGACGAACAACAAGCGGUGCCUUGCGUUCUCCGUCGAGAAUAUCCUCGACCCGAAUAAGUUUACCGGUGGCCGAGUCGUUCACAAUCGUGUUCAGCAGCGCCGACAUCGACAGGCCGGCAGUGUGCACGAAGACAGCGACUCGCGGGGCGAGUUCGCCUGCGGCAGCGGCCAGGAGGAUGAGGAAGGUACACCGGACACCGUCAUGGAAGAAAUGGAAGAGGACCCCGAGGAGGAAGAGGAGGACGAAGAAAUUGAGAUGCGGGUGGUGGAUCAAGAUUCCGGUAGCGGGCGAGAAAAUACAACCAGCAGCAGCACCAAUACGACCACGACGAACUGCAAGAAACGGCAGUCCUCGUCGUCCACCUCGUCGAGCGGUGUUCAGGUGCAGAAUUGUCAAGGUCAAGGUCAGAACGGGCAGAACGGCACCAGCGGUGGCGGUGGUAAUAGCGGGAGUAGCAGCAACACCAGCGGCAAACCCAGAAGAGCGCGAACGGCUUUUACGUACGAGCAACUAGUCAGGCUGGAGAACAAAUUUAAGACCACGAGAUAUCUGUCCGUGUGCGAACGUUUGAACUUGGCGCUGGAGCUGCAGCUGACUGAGACCCAGGUGAAAAUCUGGUUUCAAAACCGGCGGACCAAGUGGAAGAAACAGAAUCCGGGACUGGAUGUGAACAGUCCGACGGUGCCGACGACACCGCCGCAUCCGUCGCCGUACGCACCUGCCUUUCUCUUCGCCGCGCAUCCUCAUCAACAUCCGUUGCCGCAUUCGCACACGCACCCGCACCCUCACGCUCACGUACAUCACCCGCCGCCUCCGGUGCCGCCACCGCCACCCGGAUACUACCACCCGGCAGCCCCACCUUACCCGCCGACCGGACCGACCUUCUUCGGCCAUCAUCUGUCAGCGACUCCUGCUGCGACUGCGUCGGGUCCGCCGCCGACCUCGACGCCUUCCACCACUGGCCUGGCCCUAUCGUCUCACCCUCAUCCGCACACGCACCCGCACGCGUAGCGAACUCGGCGAUGAUACACUGCGCCAGAAUCUUCGCCUUCGUAGUCCUCGGCAAGGAAACGGGGCUCGUGUGAGUAGCUCCGAUCGCGACAAGAGAGAAGUACCAGGAAUGGGAGUUCGCGCGCGUUUGUGAUUCGUGAACUGAUGAAACUUACACACCGAACUUUUGUGUUGGUAGACACAACCAUUUGCCAUUCCUUGACGAUUGUUUUCUCGUAAACAUUGUUUUUUAUAUGAGUAAAGAAAGAUAUUCUUAAAGUAUUUUAAAAAUAACAUAAGUCUCCAUAAUUUAUACAGACGUGUCUAGAUGCGUGUUUUGAGCACACGUGAAUCCGUAAUAGAUAUAAGAAAUAAGAAACGUCCAUUUAUCUUAUUCUCCGUCGUGAGAGGAAUAUUCAUAAUUCAGAAGACAGAGAAGCAUUCGUUGUUAUUUCAACUUUUAUUCUGAGACUCGUGUUAUUUUUAAAACACGUGUAAAAGAGGUUUAGCGUUGGAGUAGCGAUUUUCGUUCGAUGUUCAGAAAAAGCAAGAUUGAAAACCUAAUUAAGUAUCGAAUCUCGAACGAUGGGUGUAAUGUUUUCGUUUGUUGGAUCGGAGAGGGACGCGUAAAGCAGCCACGCAACGUUAUAUUUUGCCUUCCCGUUGCGCACGUGGAACGACUCGAUAGCAUAAUCGGUUUACGUAGGGUGACGUUCGAAAAACGAGCGUAUCAUUCCGGCACGACAUCGGCCAAACAUUUUAAAUUCCGCGCGCGUAUUUUCCUUGCAACGUCGAUCUUCGAACAACGUUGACGAGAAUGACACUUUCUCAAGAAAUGAACGCACUCACCUUUCGAACAGACAUAAAUCGACAAAAAGAAGCGGAACGAUAAUAGAGCGAAGGAUGGAGCUUCAUUAAAAAGUUUUGAUUACUUCGACUUCUCCUAAUUUGCACUCAUCGCUCCUCAUUUGCGAGUUUUGCAUCUCGCCGGGAUCGAACAGAAACGUAAACCACCACGUUAACAUUGACCGAAAAUGAACGAAUCAAUUUUUUGUUCGACAAAAACGAGACCUCGGUACUUUUCCUCUAAACUAAAUGUAAACACGAACACCCGAGUCCUUGUCGUUUUCUCACCUUUGUAACAUAUUUCGUUCGUCGCAGCGGUUAAGCGACGGGGAAAACUCGUCUCUAAAGGGAAGUAGAUUUUAUCAGAAAACGCUCUUAGCAAGUAAGGUGCGCGAAUGUGUGUAAGAGUGGAUGCGCGAGGAUGCGUGUGAGAAUGCGGCCGAUAUGCGAUUGUGUGUAUGUGUGUGUGAGAGAGAGAGAGAGAGAGAGAAAAAAAAACAAUUUAGUGAGCAAUGUUUCGUGCCGAU